AUGGGCCAACACUUCCGCCUCGUCGCGCCUCAUCGUCGAGAAAUACUUAGCUGGGGGGGCAAGCUUGGAGAGAUUCUCUUCGAAGGAUCUGCAGCUGACCUUGUUUCUCUCUUUGCAAGGCCCGUUAUACCUGUCGAAUUUGAGGCAAAGAACAGCAGUACCACCAGCAAGCCUGAGAAGUCAACAAGUCAGAAACAAGUCAUCCCUCAGAAAAGACGUCGCCAGUCAAGCAACCCGAUCGAUAUGCCUACACCUCAGUUGAUCCAACUUCCCAGUGAGAUACAUAAUCUUAUUAUCGAGCUUUUAGAUAUUGAGAGUGUUUUUCUCUUGGGACUUAGCUGUUGGCAUUUCUGGGUAUUAGCAAGGCCAGUGAUUACAGAGCACUUUGCAGGCUUUCUGGGGCUCUUGGCUGGAACCCCAGUGAUAUGUGUAGGUGAUGAAAGCCACCGGGAUGGCAAGUACCCCGAUGGAUUGCUAUCCUCAGAGGAUUUGGAUGAACUAGCUACAGGGCUGGAAGUGGAGGAAUUGGAGGAGGGAUUAGCAGAGAGCUAUGCUGAGAUCCCUGUCAAUCUGUAUGACUUAGCUAAUGCUCGAUACACAAGCAUCACAGAAGUCACUACAGGAUUUCCUGAUCCUCAUGGUCUGUUUGACCUAGCCCUUGAUCUCAGGCACAAGUGGGGCAGCCCGGCGGAUAUAACUCGUGUGGUGAACCCAAAGCUGUCGAGUUUCUAUCCAUGUAGUGAGGAAUGGGUACUCAGAAAUUUGACUACGCAUGAGUUUGUUCGACCCUCAGCAAUUGCACUGGAUCAGAGAUACAUUCGCGGCCCGUUUAUUAAGAUAUUGGGCUAUGGGGAGGUCAUUCUCUCCAAGAUUUGUUGGUCAACGAAUGACUUUACAUCAGUCGCUGGGGAUCCGCUCAACCAAGGACCCUGGGCGGGACAUGCACUUGAUAUUGUCCCUGCCUCUUAUCUGGAUGAUGAUAAGAACCCUUGGAAGGACAUUAGUGACGAGAUUUCAAGAGAAAUCGCAGAAAUUUGGCGGAGUGAGUAUGGCGAAAACUGGAGGAACGACGUGGUCGCAGAACGGGAGAACCGUUAUCGACUGUAG